GCCAUGGCGGACGCGGUGCUGGCGCGGGCCGCGCAGCUCUGGUCGCUGCUGGACGAGAUGGCGGAGAACGAGCCCCAGGCCUAUCGCCGGCUCCUGCGGCAGCAGCGCGCCGAGGCCGAGCGGCUCUGCGCCCUGCCGGAGCCUCACCUCUGCCUGCGGGCCCGUCCCGGGGGCGUUGUCGCGGGGCCGCUGUUCAUCAACGUCUGCAGCUGGAAAAGGGUCCCGGCGCCCAAGGCCCCCACCGAUCCCACGCCAGUCGGUGCGGGGCCGCUGGAAGAAGUAUCUGGCGAAGGAGACCUUUACAGUGUUAUAGAUAUUGCAUAUAACCCAGAUGUUCUUCAGAGGGCAGAAGAAAACCCAGAAAAAAUGGAGCACUUGAUACAUUUGACACUCAAAUUCAUUGAGAAGCAAUGCAACCUUACUCUUUCUUAUUUGUACAUCGAGCCAUUCAAAUUGAAAGGAAGCCUGGAAACAAUGCAGCAACGUCUGAAAGGCAGGCAGAUGCCAACUCCACAUCUCAGUCAGAACACAAAGAAGGAACUGACACUUGAUCAGCUGUUACGCAGUAUGGAAGCCGAGGACUGCAGCAAUGCUCCUGUGCUGCUGAAGGAACAAAGUGAGACACAGUCUAAAGCACACCUGAUAGAGGAAAUUGCCAGUACCCAAAUGCCAGAGAACCUAAGUACCCCUGACUAUGAAAUGAUCACUGUGAAGGAUGCAAGCAAGAAACCACUCAAAAUUGAACUCAAAAUUAAAUUGCCAAAGGUUAGCUCUGUUUCGGAAUGUGAUCUGAGAAUUUCAAAGGAUGACAUAAUCAUGGAAGUCCCUGAAAAAUACAAAUUACAACUAGAUCUGCCAGAACUGGUGGAUGAAGAAAUGACAACAGCAGUAUUUCAAAAAGGAAAACGGGUAUUAUUUAUCACACUGCCAGUUGCCAAGCCAGAUCCUUAAAGACUGCAUUCUGUCCAGUUCAUAUUCACAGAUGACAGAACAAAGCAAAAGCUCAAAAUGAGCAUCCUAACAUUUAGAUGGUGAUAAUGUUUUUGGUUUUUUUUUAUUGACCUCCUAAUCUUCUUUAGAAGAUGGAUGUAGAGAAGAAAAUCCGGAGGAACACUAGCACGGCCAAAAUUAGGAAAAAAGUAAGUAAAGAUUGUAAUUAGUCAGGGAGUGCUUGAGUAUGUUAACAGCUGUAGUAAAGAACCAUGAAUGCCUACAUGCUUUACUACAGCAUUCAUUUUGCCUUAAGGUACAGUAGUAACAGUUGUGAAGCCUUUUUGCUAAAUAAAUUGAUUACUGGAUUCA